AUGAUACCCCAAUUCCCAACGCCAUUCUACUGCAAGACAUUUAGGAUUGAAGCAACUGUCAACACGAUGCAUGUGUGGACUAUCGCUGCCCUUUCAGCUCAUCGCUAUUGGAAGAUUUCUCGUCCGAUGGCUUCGCGUAUGAGUGAUACCGUAGCACGAGCUCACUGUAUGCUGUUAGCUGUGUUCCUGAUGGCUCUCUUAUUUCGUCUUCCUACGUUUCUCAUUGAAUUACAGUUGCGAUGGAUGCCUAUCGCUCUUAUAACCAAAAGAAUUGCUGCCACUGAGGCAGCAAUACGCCACACGUCUCCUCAGAAAGACCGAGCUCAGCCGGCAAAGACAAGAACUCCGCGCUACAAUAUCUAUCGUAUUGAUAAUAUUACUCUAUUUAUUACUACAUACUCUCCGACUUUAUAUAAUAGCACGAAAAUGGCAGCUGUUGUUGAACCAUCAGUGCCCCACAAGGCAGCAAUACGCCACACGUCUCCUCAGAAAGACCGAGCUCAGCCGGCAAAGACAAGAACUCCGCGCUACAAUAUCUAUCGUAUUGAUAAUAUUACUCUAUUUAUUACUACAUACUCUCCGACUUUAUAUAAUAGCACGAAAAUGGCAGCUGUUGUUGAACCAUCAGUGCCCCACAAGGUUCGUGCUGUCGUUCAUAACUAA